AUGAUGGAGAGGAUAAGAAAAGAGAUGAUAUUGAUGGAGAGAGGUCUGCACAGUCCCGUCGCAGGGAAGAGGCUCGCAGACACGCCUGGAAAUUCAGUGCUGGAGGCCCUGGAAAACUCUCAGCACAGCGGACGGCUAAGCCCGAGAAUAACUUCGGCGUCUCUCCAUGGAAAUCUUGGGGACAUCCCGACGAAAGGCAAAUUUGAAAUUGACAGUCUUUUCGGCACGCACCACAACAGUGAGAAUACCUCGUCGGCGGAAAUUUCCUCGUCAGAGAGCAGGAAGAAAAUGAGCCUUUACUCCGAAGUUUCGCCAGAAUCAGAUAUUAACAGUGAUGUGGAGGUGGGAUGCCCUGCGCAUCGCUCCCCGAGCCAGCACAAGGAAAACAACAAGGGUUUUUCAGACAGUAAUUCUGGAUCUUCCAACCUAAGCUCAAACUCCCUCCAGAAUAUGAACGGUAACUCAUCGGGAGGAUCAAACAAUUCAAAUAGCGACCAAGUGAGAAGAUAUCGGACUGCUUUCACCAGGGAACAAAUCGGGAGGCUGGAAAAAGAGUUUUACAGGGAAAAUUACGUGUCGAGACCGAGAAGAUGUGAAUUAGCCGCGGCGCUGAAUCUGCCCGAGACUACCAUUAAGGUGUGGUUCCAGAACAGGCGGAUGAAGGAUAAAAGGCAGCGUUUGGCGAUGUCCUGGCCCCAUCCAGCAGACCCCAGCUUCUACACUUACAUGAUGACGCACGCGGCAGCUACAGGAAGCCUACCUUACCCUUUCCACUCGCACAUGCCUCUACACUACUACCCGCACGUCGGUGUCACCGCAGCAGCAGCGGCCGCCGCCGCCACCGGCGCCGCAUCGUCACCUUUCGCCACCUCCAUCCGGCCCCUCGAUACCUUCCGAGCACUCUCCCACCCGUACUCGCGGCCGGAGCUUCUGUGCAGCUUCAGGCACCCGGGACUCUACCAGUCACCCGCAGGCCUGAACAGCUCGGCGGCGGCGUCAGCGGCAGCGGCGGCUGCGGCAGCGGCGGCGGCGGUGAGCGCGCCGUCAGCCACCGGGCCUUGUUCGUGUCUCAGCUGCCACAGCAGCCAGGCGGCGAGCGCGCUGAGCUCCAGGAGCACCAGCGCUGACUUUACCUGCACAGCUUCAGGGCAAAGAUCCGAGAGUGGAUUUCUGCCGUAUUCUGCUGCUGUCCUCAGCAAAACCUCAGUCCCGUCACCAGACCAACGAGAAGAAACUUCACUGAACAGAUAA